AAUAAGAUUUAGUGAAAAAAAGAGCGAGAAAAUUGGAAAACGGGAAGGGCGGUUCCCUCCUCUCGGAUAGAUAAAAGGAACGGAGGAUCUCCUUCACACGUUCGUCUCUUUUAGGACCGUUCACGAUAGGUGACGUUAAAUGACUUCCUUGUCCCUUUCAUCUUCCUCCGCCUCAACCGUCGCCGCCGCUUCAGCAGCUGCAACCGCCUACGUUAGGUUACCGGCGAAGGUGCUCAGCUCUCCGAGUGUCCGUGGUUUUGUCUCCUUCAGAUUUUCCGAUCGUUGGCCUGUUCGUUCGCGAGCGGCGCCUUCUGUGGGUGUGAAGGCGUUGUCGAAGCUCGUCCAGGAGAAGGAAUCUGUUGUCUCGGCGAGCUCCUCCGCCGGAGAACACGAGCAAGUGAGACGGAGUAGGAGGACGAAGGAGCUCGAUCAUUCGCGCGUCUUCCUGGAUGCGCGCAGUGAAGAAGAUCUUUUGUCUGGUAUCAGGAAGGAAACUGAAGCUGGAAGGUUACCUCCUAAUGUUGCAUCAGGAAUGGAAGAAUUGUAUUGGAAUUAUAAAAAUGCAGUUCUAAGUAGCGGCGUAUCGAGGGCAGAUGAGAUUGUUUUAUCUAAUAUGUCUGUUGCUUUUGAUCGGAUGCUUCUCGAUGUGGAGGAUCCUUUCACUUUUUCUCCAUACCAUAAAGCGAUCAGAGAGCCAUUUGACUACUACAUGUUUGGUCAGACUUACAUCCGUCCUCUAAUUGAUUUCAAAAAUUCUUUCGUUGGAAAUGCUUCUAUUUUCUCUGAGAUGGAAGACAAACUUCGGCAGGGCCACAAUGUUGUGUUGAUAUCGAACCAUCAAACCGAAGCUGAUCCUGCAAUCAUCUCCCUUUUGCUUGAAGCAAAAUAUCCUUACAUAGCAGAGAACAUUAAAUGUGUGGCCGGUGACAGAGUAAUCACUGAUAUCCUUUGUAAGCCCUUUAGCAUGGGAAGAAAUCUCAUCUGUGUUUACUCUAAAAAGCACAUGUAUGAUGAUCCUGAACUUGUUGAGAUGAAAAGAAGAGCGAACACACGAAGCUUGAAGGAGAUGGCGGUGCUGCUAAGGUCUGGCUCCCAACUUGUAUGGAUUGCACCUAGUGGUGGAAGAGACCGCCCUGAUUCAUCUACAGGAGAGUGGCAUCCUGCACCCUUCGAUUCUUCUUCUGUGGACAACAUGAGAAGGCUGGUUGAACAUUCUGAUGCUCCUGGACACAUCUAUCCGUUGGCAUUGUUGUGUUACGACAUCAUGCCCCCUCCACCUCAAGUUGCGAAAGAGAUCGGUGAGAGAAGAGAAAUUUCGUUUCAUGGUGCUGGGUUAUCAAUUGGCCCCAAGAUCAGCGACACAAAUGCUGCAGCUAAUUGCAAUAAUCCUAACGAGACCAAAGAAGCAUAUUCUCAAGCUCUCUAUAACUCUGUGAAGGAGCAAUAUGAGGUUCUAAAAUCGGCUAUCCAUGGCAGAAGAGGGCUAGAAGCAUCAACUCCGACUGUCUCCUUGUCACAACCUUGGAGUUUGUGAAUGCGUUCUCAUCAUUGUCUUGCCACUUCCUUUUUAGGUAUUGUGCAUUUUCUGCAGGUUACACCCCCUCGCAAUGAAACGUUCAACCUAGAUCGCACCGGGAAAAUUCUGUCUCUGUAUAUAUAUAUAUAUAUAUAUAUAUUCGUUGUUUCUGGGUGUAGGAGCUGUUUUGACGGAGAACCCAAGGAGUGACCGGAAAACCAGCGAGAGAGGAUGAUGGGUCUGAGCAGCUGAGACAGGUGAGCGCUGCCUGGAAAAAAAAAACCAAUGCCCUGGACACCCGCUUAUGAGCAGCAGGUGACACUGGGUUAUUUUGUACAUAUGAACGAUUUGACUUUUGUUCCUUGCUGAAAUUCUCAAUUGAUAUCUUCAUCAUCUAUCUUCGAUUU